UCCGCUGUAGUCCGCUGCCCUUCUGGAAAUCGGGGAGGCCGCGUGACCGGGGCUCGCGGCACUGACCGGUCUUGGGCUGGACCAUGCACCAGUAACAUGUUCCCAGCACUGGAAACAGAGCUAAAGCCGGAGACGCUUUCUGACCCCUAUGAAGAUUUUAUGUUCCAUCACCUCCGCUACUAUGGCUACUUUAAAGAUCAGAAAAGCAGUAUACAAAACUCUGCUAGGAAUCAGCCUGUUUGGAAGAACAAUCCUCGGUCCCUCUUGAAUGGCCCUUUGGGGGAAGGAAAUGACUUGUUAUCAUCAGACCACCGGCGAAAGGACAAUCUUCUUUGGCCCCGAUGUCUGUCUUCAACCGAGCAGCGGCGGAGAGAAGCUCUGAACAGAGAUUCCCUUGUACUGAACUCAUCCCAUCUUAAGAGCAAACAGCUUCUUUAUGAUGAGUUUGGAGAAGUAAUCCCACGUCUCCGAGAACCCCGAGAUCUCUUCGGCCUUUACUCAAAAGACGGGCCCCCGCAGGUGCCAAAAUGGCCAAUAGAAUGUGAAGUCAUCAAGGAAAAUGUUCAUCAUAUUGAGUGGAUUCCACCUCAUCCAGAAUAUUUUUAUCAGCCUACAGGAAAUGAAAAGUUACCAGAAAUUGUAGGAGAGGAAAAAGGCAGAGUUGUCUAUCAAUUAGAUUCAGCACCCAGGGAAGAUUCCUACUUCACCAGCUCCAGAGUAGGAGGCCGACGAGGAAUGAUCAAGAAACUGGCAGUCCCAUUGGAAGGACCGGAAGAUGAGACACUACUGUUUGAAUCGAGGUUCGAGAGUGGGAACCUGCAGAAAGCCGUCCGAGUAGACACCUAUGAGUACGAACUCACCUUGCGGACCGAUCUCUACACAAACAAGCACACCCAGUGGUUCUAUUUCCGAGUUCAGAACACCAGAAAGGAUGCCGUCUAUCGCUUCACCAUUGUCAACCUGCUCAAACCCAAGAGCCUGUACGCCGUCGGGAUGAAGCCACUCAUGUACUCCCAGGCCGACGCCCAAGGGCACAGCAUCGGCUGGCGGAGAGAAGGCAGCGAGAUCAGGUACUUCAGGAACCACGUGGAGGAGGGCCAGCCGCCCUGCUACUGCCUCACGUGGACCGUUCAGUUCCCACAUGACCACGACACGUGCUACUUUGCCCACUUCUACCCCUAUACGUACUCCAACCUGCGGUGCUACCUCCUCUCCGUGGUCAACAACCCCAUCCAGUCCCAGUUCUGCAAGCUCCGGACGUUGUGCCGGAGCCUGGCGGGCAACACCGUCUACCUGCUCACCAUCACCAACCCAUCCCGGAACCCUCAGGAGGCAGCGGCCAAGAAAGCGGUGGUGCUGAGCGCCCGUGUCCACCCCGGGGAGAGCAACAGCUCGUGGGUCAUGAAUGGCUUUUUGGACUUCAUCCUGAGCAGUUCCCCAGACGCCCAGCUCCUCAGGGACAUCUUCAUCUUCAAGGUGAUCCCCAUGUUAAAUCCCGACGGCGUGGUCGUGGGGAAUUAUCGGUGUUCGCUGGCUGGAAAGGACUUGAACAGGCAUUAUAAAACCAUGCUGAAGGACACCUUCCCUUGCAUCUGGUACACCAGGAACAUGAUUAAGAGGCUUCUGGAAGAAAGGGAAGUUCUCUUGUAUUGUGACUUCCAUGGCCACAGCCGUAAGCAUAACAUCUUCCUGUAUGGCUGCAAUAGCAGUGACCGAAAGUACUGGCUUCAUGAGCGCGUCUUUCCUUUAAUGUUAAGCAAAAAUGCCCCCGAUAAGUUCUCUUUUCACAGCUGCAAUUUUAAGGUCAAAAAGUGCAAAGAGGGCACGGGACGAGUGGUGAUGUGGAGGAUGGGCGUCCUCAACAGCUACACCAUGGAGGCCACCUUCGGCGGCUCUACCCUGGGCAAUAAAAGAGACACCCACUUUACCACUGAGGAUCUCAAGUCCCUGGGUCACCUUGUCUGUGACACCCUUCUGGAUUUUUGCGAUCCUGACCAAACCAAGUUCACACAGUGUCUCGCAGAGCUUAGAAACCUCUUACAACAGGAAAUCCACAAGAAAUUCCACGAACUUGGACGAGAUAUUAUAGAAGGAAGUUGGAGUGAUAUUUCUUUGUCUGACAUUGAAUCCAGCACCAGUGGCUCUGACAGUUCCCUCUCCGAUGGCCUUCCCAUUCGCCAGUUGAACACUGCAGAGGAGUUGUAUCAGCAAAGGAAGGUGUCUAAGAAGAAGAAAAAGAAGUCACUGCAGACUAGGAAACAGCGGAAUGAGCAGUACCAGAAAAAUGCCACAAUGAGGAAGUCGAAGUUAACAGCAGACAUGACAGAAAGGGCAGAGUUUCCUUCUGCUCUGCCAAAGCAGCCCACCUCUUUCACACAGUCAGAGAAUUCCAGCACUGCAGCCCUGAGGAACAAGAAACUGAGACUGAACGAGUCACAGUUUAACGGUCGAGACAAAACCACCUUCCUGGACCCAUCGAAAACGUCUGCCUCGAUUCUGACUAAGAGUAAAGAAAGAAUGCAGAAAGAGAAGCCAAUAUCCGUGUUAUUCUGCUCUCCAAAGAGAAACCCCGAUACCACUCAAGAGCCAGCCCCAGAUCUGAAGGCUCACCCGCCCCCGAGCAAAUACCUCCUGCCAAAGAGAGGCCGCACGACCAUGGUGGUGUACCCAUCCCUGCACGUCUACACUUACCCGUAGGAGCGCGGGGAGCACCAUGCCCGGGAACUGUGUACCCCGACCUUCCAGCGCACAUUUCCACCGGGCACAUGCCUUCAAGAUGCAUACCUCAUGUAUUAAAUUAUUUUUCUUUCCUAUAAAACGUUACUAUGCUAUCUAGAAAAGCUUUCUUUAUCAGAAAUCAGAGUGUGAGCCUCUGCUGCACGGCUGUCGCGAUAAGCAGCAGUCUGUCUGAAAGGACACGCAAAUCAGUUUUAAAUAGAUCAGACUCCUAACUGUAUUCUGGGAGCAUGCGAUGCUGAAGUCAGAGCUUCUGGCCCAGGGGAAUAGCACCAAGGCUUAGAGCAGCUGCACUGCAAGCAUGUGGUCAUAGGGUCACACCCC